AUGGCUCCACUCCUGAACAGCAUACUCACCGUGAUCAAGGUGUUCCAGAAAUAUGCUAAAGAGGACGGGGACUGUGCUCUGCUGUGCAAGAAGGAAUUGAAGCAGCUGCUCUUGGCUGAGUUUGGAAACAUCCUCCGGAGACCAAAUGACCCAGAGACUGUGGAAACCAUCCUGAACCUCUUGGAUAAAGACAGAAAUGGACAUGUUGAUUUUCGUGAAUAUCUCUUGCUGGUGUUCCAGUUGGUCCAAGCUUGCUAUAAUAAGGAAGAAAAUAAGGCAUGUGGAGAUAGAACCUCCCAGCAAGAAGGGGAGCAGGAAGGAACACAAGACCAUAGCUUUCCAGGAAAUACAGGCAGACAACAUAGGCAGAGGCAUGAGGAAGAAAGGCAGGACUCCCACCACCGUCAGUCUGAGAGACAAGAUAGGGACUCCCACCAUGGUCAGUCUGAGAAACAGAUCAGGACUCCCACCAUGGUCAGUCUGAGAAACAGAGUCAGGACUCCCACCAUGGUCAGUCUGAGAAACAGAGUCAGGACUCCCACCAUGGUCAGUCUGAGAAACAGAGUCAGGACUCCCACCAUGGUCAGUCUGAGAAACAGAGUCAGGACUCCCACCAUGGUCAGUCUGAGAAACAGAGUCAGGACUCCCACCAUGGUCAGUCUGAGAAACAGAGUCAGGACUCCCACCAUGGUCAGUCUGAGAAACAGAGUCAGGACUCCCACCAUGGUCAGUCUGAGAAACAGAGUCAGGACUCCCACCAUGGUCAGUCUGAGAAACAGAGUCAGGACUCCCACCAUGGUCAGUCUGAGAAACAGAGUCAGGACUCCCACCAUGGUCAGUCUGAGAAACAGAGUCAGGACUCCCACCAUGGUCAGUCUGAGAAACAGAGUCAGGACUCCCACCAUGGUCAGUCUGAGAGACAGGGUCAGGACUCCCACCAUGGUCAGUCUGAGAGACAAGAUAGGAACUCCUGCUAUAGUCGGUCUGAGAGGCAAGGUCAGGACUUCAGCUCUGAUCAAAGACUGAAUCAUAAAUCUAGCAGUGACCAGACUAAAAGAGAAGGAUAUUUAUUUGCUUUAAAUCAAUAUGAGACACAAGUUCAGGAUUCUCAUGAUGACUGG